GUAAAAUCUUUAAUUAUUAAUGGACAUCGAUCGACAUUUAUCAUCGCUACUUUCAGGAGGAUGUCUUCCAGAAAGAGAUCUCAAACUUAUUUGUGAAAGAGCAAAAGAAAUCUUUUUAGAAGAAUCAAAUGUAUAACCUGUUAAAGCACCUGUCAAUGUUUGUGGUGACAUCCAUGGUAAACUAUUAAAUAUAUAAAUAGGACAAUUUUAUGAUUUAUAAGCUUUAAUUAAAGAAGGUGGCGAUAUUCCUGAUCACAAUUAUAUUUUUAUAGGUGAUUUUGUUGACAGAGGAUAUAACAGUGUCGAAACUAUGGAAUAUUUACUAUGUUUGAAAGGUAAAUUUAAUUCUUAUUAUUAUUAGUUAAAUAUCCAGGAAAUAUAGUAUUACUUAGAGGAAAUCAUGAAUCAAGAUAAUGCACAUAAGUUUAUGGAUUUUAUGAAGAAAUCUUAAGAAAAUAUGGUAAUAGUAGUCCAUGGAGAUUAUUUAUGGAUGUUUUUGAUUGUUUACCAUUAGCAGCUUUAAUUGAAGGUUAAAUAUUAUGUGUACAUGGAGGAUUAUCUCCUGAAAUGAGAACUGUUGAUUAAAUAAGAACUAUAGAUAGAAAAGUAAUUUAUUAUUCAUUAUUUUUAGAUUGAAAUUCCACAUGAAGGUCCAUUUUGUGAUUUAAUGUGGUCAGAUCCAGAAGAAGUUGAAUAUUGGGCUGUUAAUUCAAGAGGAGCUGGAUAUUUAUUUGGUGCAAAAGUAACAAAAGAAUUUUGUAGAUUAAAUGAUUUAACAUUAAUUUGUAGAGCCCAUUAAUUAGUAAUGGAAGGUUAUAAGUAUUGGUUCCCAGUAAUUGUUAUCAAUUAAUUAUUUAGGAUUAAAAUUUGGUUACAGUAUGGUCAGCUCCAAAUUAUUGUUAUAGAUGUGGAAAUAUAGCCUCCAUUCUUUGUUUGGAUAAUUCUUUGUAACCUACAUGGAAAACAUUCAGAGAAGUUCCUGAAAGUGGAAAAAGCAUUAACCCAAAAAAUGUUCUUCCUUAUUUCUUAUGAAAUAUUUUAUUUAUAUAAAUACAUAAAUAUUUAAU